CUAGGUCACACAUUUUGUGCCUUUGACUUUGAUAUUUCUUGGCUGCCAUGGCUGGCACAGAAAUGCAGCGUGUAGUCGACGAGGAUGAUGACAUCCCACGGCGUUCAGUCGCCAGAAGUAGUUGGGAUUGGAACAAGAUUUGCGCCUACCACACCAACCGUGUGGUUCGGAUUCAGGAUGCCAAUUUGGGUUACCUCUACUGGGGCAUUGUGACCAUUGUGGUGCUUUACAUCCAGAUCGUGGUCUUUCACAUCGAGGGUCGACAUACAUUUCAGGAGCCAGGGCUGGGUGCUGUGAUCACCAAGUUCAAAGGCAAAGGUUUCACGAAGGAUGGCAAGGCUUUCGAUGCUCCAGACCUUCGUUAUCCCAUCAUCGAGCCCUCGGGUGCCUUUCUGAUGACCCGGCGAGUCACAGUGAAGGACCAGAAGAUGGGCACUUGCAUCGAUUGGGAUUCCCCUGAGCGAUGUCCCUGCGGAGAGCAUGCCACCUGUGGUCCAGAGAACUUCUGCGAGGUCAAAGGCUGGUGCCCCUCCUUAGGGGAUGGCAACAUGGAGCACCCACCGCAGGGCGCCGAGGUGGAGGAGAUCUUGGGCCUGGAGGACGCGGUGCUGAUGAUCGUGGCGGGCAUCGGCUUUCCGAGCAUCGGGCAGACCUUCCAUGUGGCGGGCUCCAGCCCGGAUUCGAGCACCUUGCACAAGCACAUCACAGUUCCACAACUCUUGGAGCUAGCAGAUCCACCGGUGAAGCUGGAAGAUGUGGCCCAAACCGGGUGCAUCAUUGCGGUGAACUUUUUUUGGAGUUGUGACCUGAGCUGGCGCUCUGAUUGUGAACCGCAACUUUCGGUCAAGCGGCUGGAUGCGGGCACUGGCUUCGUACAGAAGCGGGCGAAGAAGAAGACGACCAAUGGGGUUGAGACGCGAGAGGCCGUUUAUAUGUACGGCCUGCGACUCAUCGUGGACUCUUCUGGGAUCGGUCGACAGAUUAGCCUGGUGCCCAUUGUGAUCCAGUUGGGCUCGUGCUUGGCGUUGGUGCAAAUUGCCUCCAUGGCGGCUGAUUUCUUGAUGGUCCGGAUGUACGACAAGGAGCGUUGCGACGCCUACUAUCGAUGCAAGGUGGUAGAGACCAAGGACUACUCCGAGAUGCAAGAGCGUUUGGACUUGGUCUCUGAUCAACGCGCGCGAGCUCGUGAGAUGGUUUCUGGUGGGCAGAUCCGCAGCGGCGGCACUGGCGCCGGCGUCUCCUUGGGCCUGGGCGCUGGCGCCCGCGGCAGCAUGUCGGCGGUGCUCCGCGGCCGCAAUGUGGGCGCACGCAGUGGCGCCUCAGGCUGAGCAGUUCUGAGCAGUUCUGCGUGGGGUUUGGGCAGCGAAAGCAACCUGAAC